CACCGUUCAACAGAGAAUGUUUCCGGCGGAGCACAUUGACUGUCACACGGGCCGAACAUGGCGAAUCACCUUCGUUUCGUUGCUCGGACUGUCAUGGUACAAAAUGGCAACGUCGAUGCGGCGUAUGGCGCUCUUAGCAGAAUGCUGUCCUCGGAUGGAAUCAUUGAAUCGGUGAAACGCAGGAGAUACUUUGAAAAACCCUGCCGCAAGAGGCAGAGAGAGAAUUAUGAGAACUGUAAGAGAAUUUACCAUGCUGAGAUGGCCCGAAAGAUAUCUUUCGUAUCAAGGACACAAAGACCGGAUCCAUGGCUUGGGUGUUAAAAUGACUUCAAAAAACAUUGAGUCACAAACUGUGAUCAGCCUCAGAGACACCUUUGAUCAAAUCAUUUAAGUUACAAAGAUGAAGAUUCAGAAACAUGACGUCAUUCAGCAAAUAUUUACACAAUUGCCAUCAGAGUUUUUUCACUACCCUAUGUACAUCUCAUUUAAAACUGCUAACUAAACCAUUGUAUGUUCUCAACAAUUAAAAGCUGUACAUUUAUAAAAAUA